GUGUGCUUGUAUGUGCGACGUGCGUGUGCGCAUAAUUGUGUAUGUGUAUGUGUGUGACACGGCGUAAAAGUUGUAGGCAAGCCGCAAGCGGCUCGCGGGCAAAUAGUGAAAUUUUACACGCACCGCUCCGCCGAGAUCCACAACGCCGCCGCCGCAUGUUUUUUUUAUAGUGCCGGCGAAGAGCGUCUCGGCGGGGUCGGCACUCGGCAGUCCUACCAUGUUCUUCUCGUGCGGUGUGCUGUACGUGUAUCAGUCGCAAUAUCGUCGUCGGUCUGCGCGCAGUACGUGCUGCAGGUAGUGCAAUAUCAUAGUACACUGUACACAACUUAUACUUAAUAGAUUUUCACGGGGUCAUCUCGCAGCUGUAUUGGCAAAAACGGCGACGAAGAGGACAUUUGUUUUUCCCGAAACAUAUUAAGCUUCAACAUUUCGAAGCUCGUGAGAAAAUCCAAUAAUGUGGUGGCCCCGGCCACGGUGGAAGAGUGACAUUUUCACACGUUUUGUACUACUCUUAUUAUUCAUCAUCACAACCACGACUACGAAAAACGCAGUGAUGGCAGACGAAGGGCAGCAGCAUUGCGGCUCGGGUAAUAUGUCCGCCGUGGUGUGGACGACUGUCUUUUGCACAAUGCUGUUAGUUUUAGCAAUUGUUGCGAUAUAUUUUGUUUACUGUAAGAGAAAAGAACACGACUGGUCAUCGUUAUGGUGGAAAAGCAAUUCAGAUAAAAAUCUCGUACUGCAAACAUCGGCUCCUGUGAAAAACCAACAGCUGAAGAAUGGUGGCACUGAUAAUCCAGCAUUUUCAGCCGAUGCUUAUACUGGCGACUGUGUUACAAAAACAGGAUUGACCAGGGUCGUGCGCGUUACCUCGUCGUCUAUCGGCGAAGGGUCACUGGGAAACGAAUUGUCAACAAAAGAAGAAGACGGCAGACAAAUCUAUAUGUGUAAACACAACGAUGGCUCAAAAGAUCGGUUGGUUGCGAUGCGGUUGGUGUUUGAUAAAGGACAACAGCAACUGAGCAGACCGCCAGCCUCGGAUCUAAGUCGCUCGCUGGUUGAGCUGAGUUGCAAGUACGGGUUACAUGUUGAACUGGAAACCGAGGGAGAAGCUGUCGUAGCGACACCGGCGAAAUUCGACGAUAUUUCAGCAAAAUGUGCGAAAUCAAACAUUCUGUCGGCUGUCCGCGGACAAGCGCAACGUCUGUGGAACCAGAGUCAGCUCGUAUUCAAAGGGGGCGACAGUAGUGGCCGCUUGGACGUGGACAAGGAGAUCGUGGGUGGCGACGUGGAAAGCGGCCGCGUUGAAGCAGAGCACGUGGGUACGGCCCCACCGACCCAGAAAUCUCCAUCUUCUGUGAUGACGGUCAAUGAAACCGGGACCGCCGAACGGCCGGCACGAACUCUUGGUGGAUCGUUACGAUACCGCACUCUGGAGUACGGUGCAUCGCCCGUGGAUGCCGAAGCGCAGUCGUCACCAGACAGUGGCGUCCAGUGCUGUACAGUCAAUCCAUCGGAGUCUGUCCCGGGACAGGUGGAUAAGGACGCGGUCGGCACAGUGACAGUAACGAUCGACAGAGACGUGGUGGUGACGACGGUGGAUAAAGAUAAGUUAGCCGCUGCAUCGGUGAAAGACGUGGUAGUUAUGGUGGCAAAAGACGAAGUAGUCAAAGCGGACAAAGGCGAAGCAGUCAAAUCGGACAAAGACGAUACAGUCAAAGCGGACAAAGAUGAAGUAGUCAAAGACGACAAAGAUGAAGUAAUCGUGGUACCGGACAAAGAUGAAGCAAUCGUGGUACCGGACAAAAAUAUUGCAGCAGUGUUAAAAACGGUCGACGACGGGAGGAAAUCGACGGUGAUGGCUAAACCGAAAAAUGACGAAUCGAAACACUCCAACCCACCCCCACCGCCUCCACCACGUAAGUACAGCGCGGCGGUGGUUCCGCCAACUGUUCCAGCUACUGCGGUUAUCGUACCUCGGGCCACCGCUGCUGCAGUAACCUGCAAUGCGCCCGUGGCCGCGAUCGAUAACUCUACUGCUUCACCGGAGACCUGCAGCAUGGCACCGGUUCCGGUCGCUUGCGAACUGGUCAAGCCGCCCGCCGAGGCGAUAAAAGAAAUCCGAGUGGACGAUGACUAUUACUGGUGCACCACAACCGCCAUGGCGCCGCCAAUGUCUACCUUCGGGAAACGACCAUCCGUGACGCCAAGUGCCGAAAGCGGUAGCAGUGGUGGUCCAGCGGAGACCAGAAUUGAAGACGGCGUUCAAGCUGUCCAAGGCGUAUACGACAAAGCCGCUGAUGUAGCCCCGCUCACGGUGGAUGACAGUCGAGACGUGGUGACCGGUGGAACGACCAGUAUCGAGGACGCAUCGUUGCCGUCAUUUUCGUCUGACGAAGAAGAGGAUGACGAAGACAACUGCAGCAACGGCGUGGCGUUGGCCGCGGACAAGUCUAAAUUCCCGCUGUGCAACUCCAUCGGUACUUCAGCGAACGGUGUCAGAGGAGUGUCCGGUAGCGGCUCCAAAGCAAUAAAGAUCGACUGCAACGGCGAGUCACCCAACAACAACAACAACAACAACAACAACAACAACAACAACAACAACAACAAUAACAACAACAACUGCGACGAUGACGAUGUCGACGGCUCAGGGGUGGCACCGCCCGGCUCGACGGAACCGAAAUCGCCCACAAAGCUGCCGUCCCUACGGCUGUCGCUGUCUUCUCCACUGUCGUCUACAGCCAAUACAUCGUACUGUUCGUCGUCAGCAUCGUCGACCUCUUCGACCUCGCCGUCCCCCACGAAUAGUAGCAUCAACAAUUCGCCAAUCGUGUCAAAAAUACCGGUACGACGGCAGUCCGCCGGCAGCGGAGUAAUGGCCGUAUCAACUCCACUCGCAAACGGCACCGCCAAGAAAUCCAUUCCGUUACCGCUGUCGAGGAGCGGUUCCCGGUUAGCCAUGUGGACUUCGGCUAACUGACCAAUUUCAUAGCGAAAACAAUGUCGAAACAAACACUGCAGUGUUUACGAUCGGCAACAUUUAAUAUUACACGCGCAUUAUACCACCAAUAUUAAUUUUUAAAUAUAUAUAAUACUAUGUGUGAAAUUACUGAAUUUAAAAUAUAAUAAUAUAGGU